UGCAUUACAGUUUGAGUGUUAAGUAGAUCAGAACACAACACGGGCUGCACUAUAGUGGUGCAGGCUCUGUACCUGGCACACUGCUUUCUUGAUUUGGGUUUGAGCCACAGUUGGAAAGGAAAUGCCUGUGUUUUUGGAGGAUCCUGCCCUUUUCUCUAAGGAGAGGCUGAAAUCGGAGUUGAUCGCCAACAACGUGGCUCUGCCUUUGAGCGAGAGCAAGAAGGAGGUUUACCUCCAGCUCUAUUUGAAACACGUUACCAAUCAAAAUGUAGCUGACUUCUCCAGCGAUGAAGAGGAGGCGUUUGAGCCUGUGCACCAAGGUGACAGUCAGGAGGCAGCACUCAAAGACGAGGACAAAAGCUGUAUAGAAAUGAUGGACAUCAGCCAGCUGACUGACAAGGAGUUGAAGACACAGCUUAUAAAGUACGGAGUCAAGCCUGGGCCCAUUGUAGGUUCCACAAGGCCCGUUUAUGAGAAGAAGCUGCUCAAGCUCAUCGGCUCAGGUUCAGCAGUGCCGGCGGUCAAGCAGAACGGCACUGGCGAUGUGGGGCGGUACUCUGACAGCGAGGAAGACGAGCGAGCAUCACGAUAUGAGCAGGAGAGGAAGAAAGUCACAGUAGAAGUGGGACAGAGCCCAGCCCAACUCGAUCACAGUGGGGUAAGAAAACUUCAUGAAAAACAGGCAACCUACUUCCCUCAGUGCUUCGCCCCUUGUUCGAUGGUGGCCAGGCUGCCGCCAGUGCUGUCUGUGAGCGUUCCUGUGCCCAGGAAAAUUCCUAGCACCGGGUACCCGCCGCCUGCAGCAAAUCACAGUGUUGCUGAUACUGCCUCGAGUCCUCUAAUGAGGAAUACCUUCGCUGCAGUGCAGAACACACCAGCGCUCUCAAACAGAUCCCAUGUUACCCCAACCCUGGGGGCUGUUGCGUCUCCUGCUUCCCCAUUCCCUGGGGCUGUUAGAUCUGCUGAUACACCAAUCCCCAGGCACAUCACUUCUCCUGUGCCCGUUAUACCAAGCCCCAUUCCCUUGAGAAGGGGGAGCAUGGGCUCCGGGAGGCGUGCCAGUACCGGCAACAUGAAGGGGAAGGGACAGAUAAUGAUGGACAAGAACACCAUGACAUACAGAACACCAACUAACACUCCCAUGGUGGAUGGCAGCAGCAGCAAGUCGGAGAAGGAGGAUGUGUUGGAGGAAAUGUUCCCAGAUGAAGCGCGCACUCCGACAGGCAUCAGUGCCACGCGUCGCAGGCCCAUCAAAGGAGCGGCUGGGCGGCCUGUCCAGUUCAAGUACAGCGAGCUGGUCACUCAAGCGCCAGCCACGGGAGACCAGAAGCCGUCUGUCUCCGGGCACCUUGUUCCUAUCUGGGCCCAGAUUGCGGUCUUCAUUGUGAUCGCUGGCUUCCUCUUCCUCAUCUACCACUCUAUGGAGGCCAACCAGGACAACCCCUUCAGCAGCUUCCUGCAGAACCCCAGCCAGGGGGAGGAGAUCCUGCAGGAAGCCCAGGACACUCAGCCGCCACCCCUCGCUGUGCAGGAGUAACGGCAUACAAAACAGAAACCUUAAACUGGAACCGGGGGUGAGGUAAUGGAAGGGAAAUGACUGUUUCUACUACAGCCUCUAAAGUCUUGUGAUGCCAUUGGAAGCUUGCCAGUUGACAAGCAAGGGAUUCUGUUUUCAAACCCUACACUCAGUCUAGCCUUUUGGCAAAUAAGAUGCAAGUUCCGGCUGCUAAAUUGUCUGAGGUUCUAAUGUAAAAGUGCCUUUAUAGGCUUCAGUUGGGAGAAGUGUGCACAGUAGUAUCUGCCUCUCUCAAUUCAUGAUGGUUUCUAGAUAUAAUGAAAUGUACCGCAUCUGCCAGGUGGUGAAGGUCAGUUAGUUCUAAGACUCGCACCUCAUUGAUUCUUUCCAUGUAAGCGCUGGAAUAAGUCGGAGGGAGACUGGCUAGCCGUGUGUAGCCUGGUUUUCAGCUAAAUAACCCUGUUUAAUGCAAGGUCUUGCGAGAUCUACAGCCUCCCCCUUUUCCGUUUUCAGAAAUAGAUUUUAAGGAAGGCGUCCGUUCUAUCUCAUAUGUCAUUUAAUAUUUAUUUUUUUCCAGGCUGGUGUUGCAUUUUAGAUUUGGUCAUUGUACAGUAACCAGAUGUGUGUGUUUAUUUUAAUAGUAUAUACCAAUGCAAUAUGAAAAGGUUUAAUAAAGGAUUUAUUUAGUAAUUAA